UGUCCAUGGCUUAAGCAUACCAAUUCUGACACGCUGAAACCAACAGAAGGGCCGGCUUAGACGACUUCCAAAUGACUAGAAACAGUCUGUUUUAACACUUCUAGAUUUACACAGAAUCUCUUCACCAUAUGUGCCUCUUCAUGCAAUUGAAACCAGGACAUAUAUGAAGCCGGCCUUUCUUUGUAGUGACAGUUUAUAUAAGGCCAUCACCCAACUCAAAACUCUCCAAAGUUACUCUUUCUCCUAAUUGGGUAGCUUUGCUUCAUUCAUCAUGAUGGUUUCCUUAGUCUUCAAUCUUCUCUUCUUGUUUAGUUUUGCUUUCUUGCAGGGAGCCAUUGCUGAUAGAAAGCAUUACAUUGUUUAUAUGGGGGAUCACUCAUACCCGGAUUCGGAAUCUGUGGUUGCAGCUAACCAUGAGAUGCUAGCUUCAGUUAUUGGAAGUGUUGAUAGGGAACAGGCAGUGGCACUUCACCAUUACAGUAAAAGCUUUAGAGGGUUCUCAGCCAUGCUUACACCAGAGCAAGCUCAAAAACUUGCAGAGAGCGAUUCAGUAAUUUCAGUGUUCAGGAGCAGGAUGAACCGAGUCCAUACAACUCAUUCUUGGGAUUUUCUGGGAAUAGACUCUAUUCCUCGGUAUAACCAACUGCCAAUGGACUCAAACUCUAACGUUAUUAUUGGUGUCAUUGACACAGGAGUUUGGCCAGAGUCAGAGAGCUUCAAUGAUGAAGGAUUAGGCCAUGUACCAAAGAAAUUCAAGGGAGAAUGUGUCAAUGGUGAAAAUUUUACAUCAGCCAACUGCAACAGGAAAAUCGUAGGUGCUCGAUUCUACCUGAAAGGUUUUGAAGCUGAGAAUGGCCCCCUUGAAUCCAUUGGCGGUGUUUUCUUCCGAUCACCACGAGACAGCGAUGGCCAUGGCACCCACACAGCCUCGACGAUUGCAGGAUCAGAGGUAGCUAAUGCCAGCUUAUUUGGGAUGGCCAGAGGCACUGCAAGAGGCGGUGCACCAGGUGCUAGACUUGCCAUCUACAAGGCUUGUUGGUUUAACCUCUGCAGUGAUGCUGACAUUCUUUCUGCUGUGGAUGAUGCCAUUCAUGAUGGUGUUGAUAUUCUCUCACUUUCCCUUGGCCCUGACCCUCCCCAGCCUAUUUACUUCGAAGAUGCAGUCUCUGUUGGAUCUUUCCAUGCAUUCCAACAUGGAAUUCUUGUUUCUGCUUCAGCAGGAAACUCUGCUUUCCCAAAAACUGCCUGCAAUGUUGCUCCUUGGAUCUUGACUGUUGCUGCAAGCACUAUAGACAGAGAUUUCAACACAUACAUACAUCUUGGAAAUUCAAAAAUAUUAAAGGGUUUCUCCUUAAACCCUCUUGAGAUGAAAACCUUUUAUGGUUUAAUAGCUGGGAGUGCAGCCGCUGCCCCUGGAGUUCCUUCAAAGAAUGCCAGUUUUUGCAAGAACAGUACUCUAGAUCCAACGUUGAUAAAAGGAAAGAUUGUGGUGUGCAUGAUCGAGGUAAUAAAUGAAAGCCGGAGAGAGAAAAGUGAGUUUGUGAAGCAAGGUGGUGGUGUGGGGAUGAUACUAAUUGAUCAAUUUGCCAAAGGUGUUGGUUUUCAAUUUGCAAUCCCAGGUGCCCUCAUGGUUCCAGAAGAGGCAAAAGAGCUUCAAGCAUACAUGGCAACAGCAAAGAAUCCUGUUGCUACAAUCUCCACAACAAUAACUCUUCUAAAUAUUAAACCUGCACCAAGGAUGGCUGUAUUUUCUUCCAUGGGUCCAAACAUUAUAAGUCCAGAGAUUCUUAAACCGGAUAUAACAGGACCUGGAGUGAAUAUUCUGGCAGCAUGGUCUCCGGUAGCAACUGCAAGCACUGGGGAUCGGUCAGUAGACUAUAACAUAAUCUCCGGAACGUCCAUGUCUUGCCCACACAUAUCAGCAGUGGCUGCAAUUUUGAAAUCCUACAACCCUUCUUGGAGCUCAGCUGCAAUAAAAUCUGCAAUGAUGACAACAGCUACUGUCCUAGAUAACAUGCAAAGCACCAUCAGAAAAGAUCCAGAUGGCACCCCGACCACGCCUUUUGACUAUGGAUCUGGACACAUAAACCUUGUUGCUGCAUUGAAUCCUGGACUAAUAUAUGAUUUUGGUUUCAAUGAAGUUAUCAAUUUUCUCUGCAGUACUGGUGCAAGCCCUGCACAACUCAAAAACCUCACAGAGAAGCAUGUUUACUGCAAGAACCCUCCACCCUCUUACAACUUCAAUUACCCUUCAUUUGGUGUUUCCAACUUGAAUGGAAGUUUAUCUGUGCACCGAGUGGUUACCUAUUGUGGUCAUGGCCCCACAGUCUACUAUGCAUAUGUAGAUUACCCAGCAGGUGUUAAAGUUACAGUAACACCUAACAAGCUAAAAUUUACAAAGGCUGGAGAGAAGAUGUCUUUUAGGGUGGAUCUCAUGCCUUUCAAGAAUAGUAAUGGAAGCUUUGUUUUUGGGGCUUUGACAUGGAGCAAUGGCAUCCAUAAGGUCAGAAGUCCUAUCGGUCUCAAUGUCCUCUCUACGUAGGAAUGAGUGUUCUACAGCAUAUGUAUUUCAGAAUGAAACCCUGAGGUCACUCUGGUGAUAAGGAAUUGAGGUGUGGGGAACAGCAGUUAAUUCCAAGUGCGAUUCCAUGUUCAAACGGAAAAAUGUAUUUCAGAUUUUGAGAUGAAUUCAAGUUUGCUUUUAACUUCUGGUC